AGCCCCUUCUCUCGGGCAAUCUCCAGUUGAUUUCUAGGUGUUGGCUGACUCCAAUUCUACGCCUUAUUAAUCAGGACCGUCAACUGUCGACCUGUCCAGAACAUCGAAUAGUUUCCUCUGGGACGUGUCACGGAGCUCGAAAGGUUUUAGCUAGCGCCACGGUUAUGAGGACUCGGCUCGGCAGGGAAACGUACUUGAUUCAUUUCUCUUGCUUAUAACGCUGGUGAAGAGGGGAGCAAAUUGCAAUAUAACCCGACCGUGGCUACUCUCGCAGGACAAAAGUUAGUUUGGAGUCUUACUCUUAGUCGUGUCAUCGUGCCCCCUAUCAGGAUAUCCCCGUGUACUGCCCUUCUGCCACGUUUGGACAACGGAAGGCGCCACGGGCCGCCCAUACACGCAGCACUGGCUGUGGGCUACCAGCACAUACAGACAGGCGGUUACCCACAACACUGCCGCGGGCUGCUAGUACUAGUAGUAAGCGCCAUCGACCCAACAGUAGCCUUGCCUAUCAGAACGUGGACAUCUGCAGAGGAACAAGGACAGCACCUCGGACACAUUGUUGCCGAGCACCAUUGGUAGAACGUGUCGUCGCUGUAGGGUUGUGAGAAAGUUCUCUUCAAGACCAACGCCAUGGAUCGGCUGUGUGUCAUUUACUUUGCUUUCUUGAGCUGGAUGAUGAGCGGGACAGAGAGUCGGUUACUACCCAGUGCCAUAGACAGAAUCAUGGGAUCACUGGAGACGAAGGCGAUAACGCAGACCAGGUUCUGCGAUAAACUGAACGGCCUAACACAGCUGCAGAAGGAGUGGUGUCACAAGUACACGCCGUUCGUCCCCGCCAUCGGCAUGGGAGCCAACCUGGCGCUGAAGGAGUGCCGCAAGGCGUUCCAGUACGAGCGCUGGAACUGCACGAUGGACGACUCCAGCUUCCAGCACGUCUCCUCAUUCCAGAGCAAAGAGACGGCGUUCGUGGACGCCAUCGUCUCGGCUGGCGUGAUGAUGGCGAUAUCGCGGACAUGCAGUCGCGGUAAGCUGACCAAGUACUGCGGCUGCGACAAAUCAGUGUUGGACGAGGAAACUACCGAGGAAGAGUUCGAGUGGGGUGGCUGCGGGGACAACUUUCUAAAGGGUCAGCAAUACAGCCAACAGUUCCUGGAUCUUGCCGCCAAGGACCUGCCAGCUCCUAGCGAGACAACCACGGAAACUGUCGCUGGCACGCCUCAGUCCAGCGUAGUGGAGGAAUACCACAAGUGGAACAACCGGCGAGGCCGAUUGGCCGUGGCUGACAACCUGGCAACGGUUUGCAAGUGCCACGGGCUCUGUGGCGACUGCACGGUCAAGAUCUGCUGGAAGGAAGUGCGAUCGGUGCAAAUCGGCGAAGUGCUCAAGGAAUCGUACCGCGAGGCCAAGCAAGUGCGCCUAGCUCAUCCACUGUCACCCGCCCUGGUGCCCGCCAACGUAGAAAACAACGCGAUUGCUGCCAGUGCUCCGAACCCCAUCCUCACCACCAACGCUCUCGUCUACGUCAAGGAAUCGCCAGACUUCUGCGUAGCAAACGGGACCAUCGGCGUGGCUGGCACUGCCCGACGACGCUGCAAGGAGAACUCCAAGGCCAGCGACGGUUGCGAGCUGCUGUGCUGCGGAAACGGCUACUUUGAAACGCGAGCAGUGAAGCGAGAGCAGUGCGAGUGCAAGUUCGUCUGGUGCUGCGAGGUCAAGUGCCAGUGGUGCCACAAGGUCUAUCGCUACUUCCACUGCAAAAUGCCGCGUCCCCAGGUGGCGUAGAGUCGCUCGCGGCGCACUCCAGACCCAGCCAUCGUGACCCUCUCACGCGUACUUGACACUUGACUGUCUCAUCGCCUGCUUUCUCACGCCAAUACUUGAUCUGGACAGAACGUGUGGUGGUAGUAGUAGUAGUAUGUGUGUAUACGUUACAGCCAUGGUCUGUAUCAGGGAGUAGUAAAAUACCGGUGUUUUACUACUCCCUGGCCUGUAUCAUACAAUCCCAACAGAGCUAGAUAACAGCCUUGAAACACAUCCAUUUUCAGGACAACUAUUACAAUAUAUGUACUGCUCAUGUAAGUCGAGCACAGUCCUGUUUACGCUACUAGUACCCAUUUCAGUCAAGAUUAGAUCUCAUAUGUGCACGUAACUUAUGCCCUGGCCUGAUACUGCACAAAACACCUGGCUUCAGAUCAGAAAGUAGUAAAAUGCCGGUACUUUACUACUUACUGCCUCAGAUAUUAGUGUUUUUUUUCUUCACAAGAUUGCUCGUGUAUUCUACAUUUCUAUUUCAGCUGCGCUAUGCCUCGCCCCCCCCCGAUUUCGGAGAUUUGAUAUAAGGUGCGCGCCUGCUGUCGAGCUGGCAACACAGGUGGCAGCCAGAUGCUCCCUACACCAGUUGAUUUCCCUGCAACAACAUAUUCCUUAACCCGCUUAGAGGCCACCAAGGCUUACUGUACAUGUAGUUAGAAUGGAGAUUUGAGGAUGGACGUUCAUUUAACUAUAUUAUUCACAAAACAUAGUGACAUGUUCUCUGUAUUGUCUACUGCCUUGCUUUCAACAAUUCAGCGAUGACAACUGCCGACUUGACAUACCGAGCUACAGCCUUA